AACAAUAACUCCAAAACUUAAAGUCAAAAUUCCGUAAUACAAACAUUUUGGCACGCGUCUCUAAAAUUCUUCGUUAUCCGACCUCAGUAUUAGUAAGAUGAGUUUCAAACAUGUUAUGAAUAGACACAGCGAAAUGGAGCCUCCAGUGACAUUUCCCAUUCAAAUUGGAGAAACUACUAUUUUGAUAACAACACAAGAUCAAAAAAUAGUGGAAAAUGUCCGAAAUUAUUCUUACACUGUUCUGCCUGAUGAAUUUCUUCCAGUAAACACAGCUGUUAAUCAACAAAUCCAAAAUCCUAUUCUGAAUCCUACCACAAACAGCACUAUCAACCCAGAUUUUGAUGGCAGUGGCGAUUUUUUUAAAUAUUUAGGACAAACGCACCCCUCAAGUGACUUAUUCAGCAGUUAUCAAAUUCCAAACUUCAUGUGUGCUGAUAACUUAAGUACCAUCCCUUAUGGACUUAAUUUAGACUUAGGACCUAAUAAUAAAGAAUCUCAACCUGUAACAGUAGGUUCAGAUUUCAGUUGCAAAAAGAUGCAAUCAAUUGACGUGGCUACAGAUUACGAUGUGAAACAUUAUAGUGAAAGACCGCCACCGAUUACCAUAAGCACUAAUAUCAAUAAAGCACCUGUCAGCAAGAAGUUCCCACCUUUGCCAAGACACACCUAUUCUAAUGUGGAAGAUAUAGAUUACGGCAAUGAUUUUUAUAGUGAGUCGAUGGCAUCUAUUGCCGUGAAUACCGAUCAAUUAGAAAAAUGCUGCAAGUCAACGGAUACUCAAAUGCCACCGAUUACCAUGAACACCAAUUUCAAUAAGGCAUCUAUCAGCAACAAGUGCCAAUCUAUUCCAAGUUACUCUUAUUCUGAUGUGGAAGAUAUUAAUUAUGACAAAAAUUUUUAUAGUAAUUCGACGUCAUCUAUUACCGUGAGUACCAAUAAAUUAGAAGAGGUAAAAGAAUUAAUUUACUGCAAGUCAACACACACUGAGGAGGAAAAAAGUUUACCACAUUGGCUUAAAAAAAACAUCUAGAAAUGACGAAAUAAGGCAACAAUAGUAAAGAAACGAAAAUGUUAUCGGUGUUAAUUUAAAUAAAUCAUUUAUUCACAAA